UUCAUGCCAAUUUUGAGUGAUCCAACAGUGGGAUAUCCUGGCCACAGUGUAGGCGGCGCAUGUAAGUGAGAGAUUGCCCAGGAUUAGUAUGGCCACGGGAUAGAUUUGGGAUUAGGUUUGUGGCUCUUCACCACCAUAAAAGGACAGCUUUUUAUCGACGCGGGCGGCGUGGGGAAGCCUCCUCCCUCCCUCGCUCCUUCCCGGUGCCGUCCACAUCAAGCAGGAGGCGAGAAGGAAGGUCUCCCUGCGCCCCACGCCACUGACAGCCCCGGCUCGGACACCCACUCAAGCCUCCCCGCCCGCACCGCGAUGAGUGCUCGCCGCCGCCGCCAGGAGGUCGUGAUCCGGAGCCAGCCGCUCUGCUUGCUGCUCCUGCUGCCGCUGCUCCCGGGACGUUUCGCCUUCAACCUGGACUUGGAGCAGCCCACUGUCUAUAGCGGACCCCAGGGCAGCUACUUCGGAUACUCGGUGGAUUUCUACUCGCCUGUGAGAAACACUGUCAGUGUCCUUGUAGGAGCUCCGAAAGCCAACACCACUCAGCCGGGGAUAGUGGAAGGAGGAGCGGUGUAUUUCUGCGGCUGGGCAGCAGGAGGUGCUCCUUGCAGCCAGAUCCCGUUCGACAAAACCAAUAACAGACUCAUCAGAUUUAAUGGAACAAAGGAACCAGUAGAAUUCAAAUCCAAUCAAUGGUUCGGGGCAACGGUCAGAUCUCAUAAAGAAAGUGUUGUGGCUUGUGCCCCAUUGUAUAAUUGGCGUGCCCUUAAAUUGACUGAAGAGAAAGACCCAGUGGGUACCUGUUACGUGGCAGUUCAGAAUUUCAGUGUCUAUGCAGAAUAUUCUCCAUGUCGCUCUGAUCAGCCAGAUCCUGAGGGUCAAGGGUUUUGUCAAGCAGGAUUUAGUCUUGAAUUUACCCAGGAUGGGAACCUUGUGCUGGGAGGACCAGGCAGUUUUUACUGGCAAGGUCAGGUGAUUACUGCAGAUACUUUUGAAAUUUUAAAUGGAACCGACUAUAGAAGCUUGCAACGGAGAGUGAAUGGAGAACGACAGACUGGAGUGGCUCCUGCUGAUUACGAUGACAACUAUCUAGGAUACUCAGUUGCCGUGGGGGAAUUCACAGGAGACUCUGAACAAGAAUUUGUUGCUGGAAUUCCAAGAGGUGCUCAGGCAGCUGGAUAUGUUGCCAUUAUAAAUGCAACGGAUAUGACUUUUAUUCUGAACUUUACCGGUGAAAAGAUGGCUUCUUACUUUGGAUAUACUGUGGCUGUCUCUGAUAUAAACAGUGAUGGACUGGAUGAUGUGCUUGUUGGUGCUCCUCUUUUCAUGGACCAGGAGUCUGAUGGGAAGCUGAAGGAAGUUGGGCAGGUUUAUCUGUACCUGCAGGAGGAAGAAUUCCUCUUCAAGGAUCCUCAGAGACUAUUGGGAACUGAAGUAUUUGGAAGAUUUGGCAGUGCCAUAGCACCUUUGGGGGAUUUGAAUCAAGAUGGGUAUAAUGAUAUUGCAAUUGGCACACCUUUUGGAGGUGAGGACAGAAAAGGCAAAGUUCUGAUCUACAAUGGCCAAAGUGCAGGGUUAAAUUCCAAGCCAUCACAGAUCCUGGAGGGCUUAUGGGCCUCUCAAUCAAUGCCUUCUGGAUUUGGUUUUACUCUACGAGGAGGGUCAGACAUAGACAGAAAUGAGUACCCAGACUUGAUAGUUGGUGCUUUUGGAGCUAGUAAAGUUGCAGUUUACAGAGCUAGGCCUGUUGUGACAGUGGAAGCUCAACUACUCUUGAACCCAUCAAUCAUAAACCCUGAGAAUAAAAGUUGCCAGCUGCAGGGAUCGGAGACCUUGGUGUCAUGUUUCACUGUGAAAGUUUCUGCAGCUGUGUCAGGCCAUGGCAUUCCAAACAUAAUAGCUCUGAAUGCUAACCUUCAGCUAGACAAACUGAAGCAAAAAGGAGGAAUUGAGAGAACGCUAUUCCUUAAUUAUCACCAGCCACAGCACACAUUCCAGUUAGUCCUCAACAAACUGGAACGCUCCACCCACCAGGAAUUUGUUGUUUAUCUUACAGAUGAAAAGGAAUAUCGAGAUAAAUUAACACCAAUUACUGUGAGCUUAAAUUACAGUUUGGAUGAAUCUCGUCCUUCAAGAGAUCUUAAACCAAUAAUUAACUACUACAGUGAAACGUUCCUUCAGAAACAGGCACAUAUUCUCCUGGACUGUGGAGAAGACAAUGUUUGCAUCCCAGCCCUUAAACUUUCAGCUGUCCCUGAUACACAUCAAGUAAUAAUUGGAGAUGAAAACCCUCUCAUUUUAAUCAUAAAUGCCAGGAAUGAAGGAGAAGGAGCUUAUGAAGCAGAACUCAUUGUCAGCAUACCAUCAGAGGCAGAUUACAUUGGGGUUAUUCGUAACAAAGAGGCACUGAGCAAGCUAAGCUGUGCCUAUAACGUAGGAAAUUCAACUCAAAUGGUUGUCUGUGACCUGGGAAACCCCAUGGCAGCUGGAACCAAUCUGUCAGUGGGGCUACGUUUCUCAGUUCAACGGCUGGAGAAGGCAGAUACCAAUCUCAGCUUUUACCUGCAGAUCAAAAGUUCAAAUAAGGAUAAUCCAAACAGCAACCUUGUCCAUCUGCAGAUCAACAUCAGUGCAGUCUCUCGGGUUGACAUUCGAGGGGUGUCCCAUCCUGAGCAAAUCUUCUUGCCCAUCCCUGACUGGAAGAUUAAAGAAAGACCCAAGAAAGAGGAGCAUAUUGGGCCACAGGUUCAGCAUGUUUAUGAACUGCACAACAAUGGUCCUAGUGCAAUCAGUGCGGCGAUCAUGGAAGUGGGUUGGCCUGCACAUUACCGAGGCGAGUAUCUACUGUACAUCCUACAGAUGCAGACAGUUGGACCUUUACACUGCCACAUGAAUGCUACAGUAAACCCACUCCAGCUAGAGACUGCUGGCCCACCAGCUGUUGGGGAGCGUAUCACCUUCCAAGACCCUUCUACAACCACACAUCACAUCACAAGACGAGAAGUGAGGCUACCACAGCCAUUAAAGCAUGACCGUACAAGAAUGCUGAAUUGUAGCAACAUUGAAUGUACAAAAAUAGUCUGUCAUGUUGAUCAACUGCGGAGAGGGCAGAGUGCAGUGCUAAAAGUUCGGUCUCGCAUCUGGGUUCAGACCUUCCUUAAGAGAAGGAACAACCAUUACUCUCUGCAGUCUCUGGUGUCAUUUGUAGUGAAGGAAAUGCCAUACAAAAUCCAGCCAGAGGAAUUACCCAGUGCAAGUACUGUGAUAAGAACGUCGGUAAUUUGGGCCACACCUGAUGCUUCACUUGCUAUUCCCCUGUGGGUCAUAAUUCUAGCUGUACUGGUUGGUUUGCUGGUUCUGGCUAUUUUGAUCUUAGUCAUGUGGAAGUUUGGCUUCUUUGAUCGAGCUCGCCCACCUCAAAAUGAUGUAACAGAUCAAGAACAGCUUCACCCAGAAAAGGGUACAGAUGCCUGAGGACUGAUGACAGCUGCCUUAACCCACUUAACAGAUACUUUAGAGAUGUCUCCACACCACUAAGAAUUAUUCCAUGUAUUUGCUUUUGGUCAGCAUGUAGAAGAAAACAUUAGGAGGAAAGCAACUUUGAGGAAAACAAGUUAACAGGGAAAGUCCAUUGUUGACUACAUAAUUAAGCAUUUCGAGUUGUUUUGCAGUUGUCAUUCUGCCACAAUAACAGUGAAAGGCCCUUUAUUCUGUAUAGGGUGGAUUUGUUAUUUUUAAGUUACAUUGAUUGUCUUGAGGUAUUUUUUCAAGUGCAGGUGCUGUGCACUUUGUAAAUCAAAUAAAAUUGUGUCUUAUUCUGAACAAAUAGUAGAGGUCCACAUAAAGUUAGAAAUUUUCCAUGUUACAUUAGUCUCAUGAGUGCAGAUUUUUAAAUGCACAACCACAUUUCAUGAAUUAUAUAUUGCUGUCCUAGUUAGGCAGCUGUCCAGAAAUGUACUGGAUGUAAGGAGCAUAACAUCUUGCAAAGCAUUUGUGGAGUUUAUUUUCCUUGUUUUUCUUGAACUAUUGGUUAAAGAGAUAUUAAGAAUAAGGGGUUCUCACUGCAAGAUAAAGGCUACAUCUAUGAACACAUUAUUUUGUUUGAAGUAAACAGGAAGAAAAUCCAAAUGUUUUAGACUAGCUAGAAAGGAAGCGAUUGCAACAUAAAUCAUUAAAUGUGGUACUUCAUUCUGUGGAACCUGCACUCCUGAUAUCUGGAUAUUUUCAUGUGAAAUAAUUUGAAGAAUGGUGUCAUCCUGCACUGGUAGUGGGAGCAACGGAUUUUUAAAACGUGCAAUAUUUUCUAUAUUUAUAAUUUCUGAAGCAUGUUUACACUGGGAUUUAGCCAUAUGUGAGCUUUACACUUAAGGUUUUUAUAACGGUUUUAUGUAUGUUUUAUGGCAAUGAAGAUCUUUCAACUGUAUGAAAUACUGAUGAAAAAUUGCAUAACCCCUUCACAAUCAUAAGCAAUUUUCAGAUGCACCGUCUUUUUUUAUAAUAAUUUACACAAGUGCUAAGUUGCGGACAUUUUAAAAAAUUACACAGUUUCUGUGGAAAGCUAUAUUUAUGGGUUCUGUAUCAUUCUGGAAUAUUUCUGACGUAAGUGCAAAAUAUCUACUCCAGCAUUGGAUAUUGUUGUACUAUAAAUAUAAAUAUAAUUUGCAAAUGCAUUAGCACACCUUUGGAUGGCCAACAGUAAGAUGAUUUCAUUAGAUUUAAACAAUGCAGGAUCACUUGUUAUUUGAUAAGGUUGUAAAUUUGUUGACAUUUGGAGCAAAGAAUCCAAUCCACCUGAUGUUACAUUUUUAAAGUUACUGUAUGUAUAUAUGAUAAACCUGUGUCAUAUACUUUGUAAUUCAUAUCCAAUAAAACAGAACAGUCAGACUGC